CCCUAACUCAUCCCUGUUUUCAAACUUCCCGCACCGCGGCAAUCUCCGCGCCUACCCCGGCAGCCUUGUCAGCCUCUGCAGGAGCCAACAACCUGCUUUUGGGCGGCCAGCCGCCGAGGCCCCGGAGGGGAGGGUGGAAAAGUAUUUCUUCUGGUUUCUGAUAUGAAUUGUGGACUACAGGUAAUAUAGAGAAAACAAAUUGUACACACAUGAGUACUUAACGCAGAGUCUGGAAAGUUUAAAAAAUGUUCUUCAGACUUACGGAUUUUCCUGGAGAAAAGAAUCUAUGAAAUUAUAUGAAUAGUGGCUGUUUUUCAAAAUCAUGGGGGACAGAGCAAGAAGUCCAGAUACUGAUCAAGAAAGUAAGUCAAGCAAACACCGUUACUCUCACUGCUCAUCUGAGUUUAAACCUACACCGCUGUCUUCAGGCCCGUCAUCACCUGCCGUUAUCUCUCCACCACCAAAUAUUAAGAGACAGAUUUCAGAUAGCCAUGCACAUCACCUAGGCCCUAGGAAACCAAGCCCUAAGGCUCCACGAAAUAAAAAGGGAGUUCGAGUAGGAUUUCGUUCCCAGAGCCUCAAUAGGGAGCCACUUCGGAAAGAUACAGAUCUUGUUACUAAACGGGUUCUCUCGGCAAGACUGCUGAAAAUCAAUGAAUUGCAGAAUGAAGUCACUGAACUCCAGGUCAAGUUAGCUGAGCUGCUAAAAGAAAAUAAGGCUUUGAAAAGGCUUCAAUACAGACAAGAGAAAGCUCUGAAUAAGUUUGAAGAUACAGAAAAUGAAAUUUCACAACUUAUUGCUCGUCAUAACAAUGAGAUUACAGCACUCAAAGAACGCUUACGAAAAUCUCAAGAGAAAGAACGGGUAACUGAGAGAAAGGUGAAAGACACAGAAGGUGAACUAGUUAGGACAAAGUUUUCCUUACAGAAACUGAAAAAGAUCUCUGAUGCUAGACACCUACCUGAACGAGAUGAUUUGGCAAAGAAACUAGUUUCAGCAGAGUUAAAAUUGGAUGACACUGAGAAAAAAAUUAAGGAACUGUCACGAAAUCUUGAGCUAAGUACUAACAGUUUCCAGCGACAGUUGAUUGCUGAAAGGAAAAGAACAUAUGAGGCGCAUGAUGAAAAUAAAGUUCUUCAAAAAGAGCUAGAAAGGUUAUAUAACAAACUAAAGGAAAAGGAGAGAGAACUGGAAAUAAAAAACAUAUAUUCUAAUCGUCUGCCAAAGUUCUCUCCAAAGAAAGAAAAAGAACUUACGUCAAGAAAACACGCUGCAUGUCAGAGUGAUUUCACAGACCAGUGCACAAAAGGAGUACAGACCUGUGAAGACUUCACCCUGGAAGAAUUUUCAAUAAUGCCACAAACAGUUAUGUGUUACGAAAAUAAAUGGGAAGAAUCUGAAUGUCUUUCUUUGGACCUGGUAUCCCAAGAGAGAGAUGAGCAUGGUGAAGCAGGGAUGCUAAACCCAAUUGAGGAAAGAGAAGAGCAUUUUAUUAAAGACCAAGGAUUCCAUGUUACAAACCAGGAAGUUGAAAAGCCGGAGGAUGAAUUGGAAAGAGAGCCAGCUAAAAAGCAAAAAGAAAAGGCAUUUUUAUUGGAGAAAGGAGAAACGUCAGCACCGGGAACUAGAAAAUGCCAAAUGGAUCUGUAUCAGAUUCAAAAUCUUGAAGAAGAGGAAGAGGAGAGACAGAAGAGAGAAAUGCUACUUGCAAAACUGCAUGAAAUCGACAGGGAACUCCAAGAGUCUCGCAGUCUAAAGUGUCCUUCUCUGCCACUAUUACCUGAUUUGGAAUCAAAAUUACACUACCCAGAAAGGAGCCCUAAAACAUACACAUUCUCGGAAUGUCCAGAGAAAUUAUUUAAUGGGCACCAUUUGCAAGACAUCAGCCUUUUAACUACAAAAGGAGGAGAUGGUCAGAAUCUAAGAAAUGUGAGAAGCCCAGCCCCCCCAGAUGAGCUCGCAUUUGGCAGCUAUGUGCCUUCAUUUGCUAAAACACCAAGGAAGUCAAGUGCAUUUAGCCAAAAGAGUGCUCUUUUGGAUUUCCAAAGAAACAGUAUAGACAAACUCAGUAAAGACAGUGUAGAUUUAAUUGCAAGAAAAGAGAAAAAAGCUAAUCUGAUGGAACAGCUGUUCGGUGCUAGUGGCAGCAACACGGUUUCCUCUAAAAGCAGUGACCCAAAUUCUCUGACUUCCAGCAAAGGAGACUCAGAUCUUUUAAAUAUCUCCCCUGGGGAGAACAUCAGCCAGGGUAGAGAACUUGAUGAAGACAAUGACUUUUUCCUCCGCGAAGGAAGAAGUAUUAAUCCGAACAGACACCGAUUAAAACAAGCAAACAACAAAGCAGCUGUAAAAGCAGUUGAUUCUAUAGAAGAUGAAAUUGAAGAAGUAGUACUGAGAUGACUGAUUAGAGUGUACAUUUUUCCAAUUGUAAAUAUUGAUAUAUUUUAAUACAGUAUUUAAUGUAAACAUUGAAGACUUUUAAUAGUAAACAUCCUUAUUGAGGGAUGGUUUUUAAUAAAAGUAUUGCAAAUUAAAAGUAGGUCAUAUCAUACCACAGAGCUAGUUUGCAAGAAUGAAGGAGUCUCUUUUUGGGGGGGAGAAGGGAGGCUAGAAACCAAAAAUUUUGAGAUGUAUCUUAACUUGAUUUUGACUUUUUAUUUACAAGUGGAUUUUUACCUCUUAGACCUAGUUCAUGCAGAGUUUUACUCUGUUGGAGUUCAUAUUCAUUUUCCAUUUCUAUCCCUAUUUAUUUGUUGUUAGAUCUUUACUGAGCCAGAUACAGACUUCCCACUGAUUGUUGAAUGGGGUUUAGAGUGAAGGUCUUUAUGUUGGGACAUGUUGCUUCCAGGUGAUUGAGAGAGCCAGUGCUACUAUUUCCAAUAAAUACAGCAGAAUUACUCUUCAGAAGAACCUGUGACAACAUUAGAAUUUCCUAGUCCUCUCAUUUGUACCAUGCUACUAAUAGAUUGAAUUCAGAAGACAUGUGUUCGAAUGUCCAUUUUCCCGGUCAUGUCUCACAGGAGUUUGGGUACUAUGUAAUCCAUAAUUCUCGUUCUCCUACACUGUUUUAAAGAUCAGUGAUUGGGUAUGAGAUUUUUAUAUCAGCUAUAAGGAGUAGAAAGAUUUUUCAACUCAAUUAUGUUUCCAGAGUAAUGUAUUUUGGAAAUUUUACUGUGUCCUUUAAAAAAAAAAAACUGACCCUCUAACCAAAGAGACAACAAUAGUUUAAUAUUGUGUGUAAUAGGACUACUUUUGAAGCAGUUUUGGCUUAACUUGUUUUAAAGAUGGAGCCUCUACCUUAGUGGUCAAAGUGUUAAAAUACAUUGGUAUUUUGCUACUUGAAGCUUACUUACCAACUGCAUUGAAAUAGACAAUUAUGCUAUGUGUAAUGGACUUUUAAGUCAUCGAAAUACACCACCAACAAAAGAGAGAACACUUAAAAUGAAGGGUAGAAAUAACAUGCCAGGGGAAGAAGAAUAAAAAAAAUGUAGAUGGACAUUUACUUUAGUAAGAGCUGGUUUUUAUUCCACAGGAAUUUAAUGUUUUUGUUCAUAAAAUUUUUGAUGCCAAGCAUACAUAUCGAGUAAGGGGCUAGAGUUACUGUUUUAUCUUGAAUUCUUAUAAAUGCUUAUUAUUAAAUAUAAUUAUAGAACUACUUAACAAAAGACUUAGUAGGUCUCUAAAAGAUGUACCACCUAUCAUCAAAAUUGUGUUCCUGUCAUAUAUUGGGAACAGGAUGUUGCCUAAGUGCUAAACUACAUUAAAUUAUUUUAAUAAAGAGAUUUUAUGAUUGAUAAAAAUAAACAUUUAGUAUGUGGUAAAUCAUUCUAAUAUAUGUAAAACAAUGCUAUUGUAAUGCAUUUCUUGAUAAUUAUGUAACGCCAACUUUUGUUUAUAGGUGCUAAUUUUUCUACCAAAAUUAUUGUAAUUUUUAAGUUUUAUUUUAAAGGCUUUAAAAAAAUUUAAAAAGUCUCCUCAUAGAGUUUUUUAUUUAGGUAAUUUCAGUUAGUCUCUUGCUUUUUCCUACCUAAUGCUUUCUGGUCUCUCUAACUAGAUGCAACAAGCCAGAAUUAUUAAAAUUAACCUUAAAUUUAUAGACUUGUAAGCAUUAUGGUGGUAAGCAUUAACAUUGGAGAGUAAGUGUACAGAACCAUUUUUUCUUUAUGAACAAACCUUAGAAAGUCAGUAAUUUUUUUUUCUAAGUGUAAAAGUUAAAUUUGUUCCUUGUUCUCAGGACUCUUACAAAUAAAAAUUAAAAAGCA